GGGGGGGCGUUAGCGGCCCCGCCCCUGCGAGUGUAGACCAUGAGCUUCCUCUUCAGCAGCCGCUCUUCUAAAACAUUCAAACCAAAGAAGAAUAUCCCUGAAGGAUCUCAUCAGUAUGAACUCUUGAAACAUGCAGAAGCAACUCUAGGAAGCGGGAAUCUGAGACAGGCUGUUAUGUUGCCGGAGGGAGAGGACCUCAAUGAAUGGAUCGCCGUUAACACUGUGGAUUUCUUCAACCAAAUCAACAUGCUAUAUGGAACCAUUACAGAAUUCUGCACUGAAGCGAGCUGCCCAGUCAUGUCUGCGGGGCCACGGUAUGAAUAUCACUGGGCAGAUGGUACUAAUAUUAAAAAGCCAAUCAAGUGUUCUGCACCAAAAUACAUUGACUAUUUGAUGACUUGAGUUCAGGAUCAACUUGAUGAUGAAACUCUUUUUCCUUCUAAGAUUGGUGUCCCGUUUCCCAAAAACUUCAUGUCUGUGGCAAAGACCAUCCUAAAGCGUCUCUUUAGGGUUUAUGCUCAUAUUUAUCACCAGCACUUUGACUCUGUGAUGCAGCUGCAGGAGGAGGCCCACCUCAACACCUCCUUUAAGCACUUUAUCUUUUUUGUUCAGGAAUUUAAUCUCAUUGAUAGGCGUGAAUUGGCACCGCUUCAGGAGUUAAUCGAGAAGCUUGGAUCUAAAGACAGAUAAAUGUUUCUUCCAGAACUCAGUUAUCUUCUUGCUUCACUCACUGCUAGAACUAUCUCAUUGCAAUCUGUUAUAGACUAGUGAUACAAACUUUACAGAAAGAUAAAGAGACACUUAAUGUCUA